GCAUUUUCUAUCCAAAUGAAAGCUGCCCUCUUUUGUGUUUCAGUUACAGCACUGGCUGUCGCAGCAGGCGCAGCGGGCGCAGCAGGAGGGGUUUUGAUUUUUGCACCUGUUGCUAUUGCCACGAUUGGUUACUCCGCUGCGGUGGGAGUGACUGCUGUGGUUAACGCUGGAGUGCUGACAGGCACAGCAGCAGCAGCAGCCUGCAGCACCACCACCAGCACCACCAGCAGCAGCAAGUACUACGAUUGUGACGUCAUAGUGUCGCCGAGCCAGGCAACGUUGCAGCAAAUCUCUGCGGCCAACGACGCGACAAAACACUACACGAUGGGAUUGUUGACGUACAUUGCGGUUGCUGCGGGCGCAACCGGUUCGGUGGUUCUGGCUCCGGUCGCCUUGGGGGCCCUCGGCUUCACUUCUGUGGGAAUCGCAGCGGGCUCCUACGCCGCGGGCAUGAUGUCAGCCGCAGCCGUCGCCAACGGAGGAGGGGUGGCGGCAGGCAGCGCGGUGGCCGUCUUGCAGUCUGUGGGUAUGGCUGGUUUGUCAGGUGCCGCCUCUGCAGCUGUGGCCGGUGCAGGAGGAACUGUGGCAGGAAUCAUCGCUGCAAUUGUCUGAGGCCAAACCUUUUUGCUGAAUGGAUACUAUCUCAUAUUAUGGCAAUGAUAUCAUAAGAAUAUGUAUCUUCCCUAAGUCAAUAAAACCUCAGUAUUGACAGCA